UUUCAUCCAAUCAGAUUAAUCAAAUAGUUGGUUGAAAGCAAAAUAAACUAGUUUCGAAUUUAUUUUUGGUUUUGAAACAAUUUUGUUAUUUUAUAACCCAAAGUAACUGGGAAAUUUUCGAAACUGCUACAUUAACAGAAUUUUAAAAUGAAAAUAAAAUUAAGUUAUUAUCAAAAAAUAGUGGAAAAAUACCGCGAGAUCAAUAAACGUGAAUGUUUAGAGGAUCUACGUACAGCAUUUCCUGAUGUACCUACAGCAACACUAUGCAGUAUAAUAUCUCAAGAAAUCCAGAGAAAAACUAAAAGGACAUUCUAUUUUCAUGCAUCUCCUCAUAAUGUUUCAAAAUACUAUAAAAAAUAUUUAAAUGAAUUAGAAAGUAACAAGAAACAGUGUGGAAUUCUUUUGAAAAUUGCUGAUGAGGUUGAUUUGAGUCCUGCAUUAUUGGCAAGGCUAAUAUUGGAACAUCAUUGCAAAUUAAAUUUAGAUGAAAAAGACAAAGAAGAGAAAGAGCCUGUUCCCAAAUCUAUGAUUUCUGAAAUGCUGAAAAAUCCUCAAUUAAUUCAAGACAAAGAUCUGGGAGCUGAAGUCAAAUUGUGUGUUCUGGUGGAUAAUUAUUAUGGUCCUUUAUCUGAUGUCAUUAGGAAUGUCAAUGGAUUAGAAACUGAAAAUAGAUUGAAAAAUGAUCUUACCAAACUUGGAAUAUCAUUUAUAGAUGAAAAACAACUCCGUGAAAAAGGUUAUGAUAAAACUCCGGACAUAAAGCUUGAUAUUCCCAUUGUAUAUCAAGGCCAUAUUAUUAAUUGGAUUGAAAGUAAAGCAUCAUUUGGGGAUGAAGAAAGGCAUAGAGAAUAUUUAAGAGACCAAUAUUGGAGUUACUAUAAUAGAUUUGGACCAGGUUUAGUUAUUUAUUGGACUGGAUACAUUGAAGAGCUAAAUAGUUGUACAGAACAAGGAAUCAUAAUAAGCGAUUCUAUUCCUACAGAAAUAUCUUUUAUGGAUCCUUUAAUUCUUAUGAAAAAAACUUACAUUGAUGAGGAUGUAAAUUCAUAAUUUAGUAAGUUUGUAUAUUUUACCAAAUCCAUAUCUUUUUGUAAAUAGCAUUUUAAUUCUUUUGGAAAA